AUGCAAGCCAAAGGCCUGCAAACAUGUCAGGAGAUCCCCUGGAAUCUCUUCAGCCCAAAGGCCCCUUACAAGGGGAGCACUGUGAGCAAGGAGACCAUCACCAGCAAGACUCCAUUGGUGAAUUGGGAGACUUGCCAUGUGAUCAUGGACCAUGGAGGAAAAGUGCCAUACAUUGAGGGUCAGUCCAUUGGCAUAAUUGCCCCCGGCCCUGACAAGAAGGGCGAGACCCCCGCCAAAAUCCGUUUGUAUAGUAUUGCAUCUUCAGCUCCAGGUGACGACGAGAAGAACAAUACCGUAUCUUUGGUAGUGAAGCGUGUGGUUGAGGUGGCUGGCCGUGGCUGGUGUGAGUACUCCAAUGUCGAGAAGGGAAAGGAUCCGGAAUUUCCAGAUGCCGCGAAGGUCUAUCGUGGUGUGUGCUCCAGCCACAUUUGCGAUCUCAAUGCCGGAGAUGAUGUGUUGAUUACCGGCCCAACUGGUGCAGAGAUGCUUCUUCCAGAAGAUCCAGAGGCCAAUAUGAUCUUUAUGGCAACCGGCACUGGCAUUGCCCCGUUCCGAUCUCAUUUGCGAAAUCUCUUUCAUGACAGAGUCUCCAAGGGCAAAUUCAAGGGUGUUGCGUGGCUAUUCUCGGGCGUGCCAUUCUCCCAAUCCUUGCUCUAUGACGAGGAGUGGAAGGAGAUGCAGGCGGAGUACCCAGAUCAGUUCCGCUAUGACUAUGCAGUCUCCUCUGAGGAGAAGAGUGAGAAGAAUAAGAUCAACGGUGAAAUGUGGGUGCAGCACAAGAUGAUGCAGCAUUUGGGCAUGAAUAGCUGGACGUUUCUAAGACUUGUUCAGAUUCAGGUUGAUGAUGCAGAGCUUGGUACGUACAAGUGUUUGUCGUUUGGCCAUGGCGUGUUUUACAAUACAUUGCAUCCCGCUGAACGACAGACAGUUGAAGGUACCUGGACCUUUGUCCCUAAAGCCGGAGGCAAAGAUCGGCAGGUGAGCGGCUCGCGACCUCACGUCUCCCAGAGGCAGUUCGGUGACCACCCUGAGGAACCGACACAGGAGACGCCUGAGAGCGAGAAGCAUACCACCGAUCCUUCUGUCGACCCUUCGAGUCGGUACGAUUGGCCUAUGGAGAGCGGUACAGAGCAAUCAGAGUUGUUGCAGGUGUUGAAGCAAUUGUUGGACGACAAGCGUGGCGAUAGCACCUCGUCAUGGAAUAGCAGGAAGGGCCCGGCACCAGGGCUCAAAUGGCGGGGAGGAACCCCUCCUCAGCCUCCGAAGUGGCAGUACGCCUCGACGGACCUCAGAGCAUUCGCAAAGUAUGAACGAAGAGUUCAAGUUUGGCAGAUGCAAGUGCAACAUUAUUUGACUGGAGCUGAAGCAGGUUUGAUGCUUUUCUCCAGCUUGAGUGGAGAGCCCGAAGCUGAAGCUGAACACAUGGAGCUCGAGAAGAUCAAUGCAAAGGAUGGUGUGGCUUACAUCCUUUCCUGCCUGAAGGGCCCGUUGGAGCAGAAACUGCUGUAUCAGAAGAGAAUGCUGCUGUCGAACUACGAGAACAUUGCACGGCAAGGGCAUGAGACAGUUCGCCAAUUCAUCAACAGAUGCAAGCGCGUUGAAAGAGACCUGCAGAGUGUUGGCAUCAGUUCAGCCACCAUGUACGAUGCGGAGUCGAGGGGAAACCGCAUCUUAGAGCGUUGUAAGUUGGACCCUUCAUUGCAGAGGCUUGUGUUGAUUGGCGCUCAGUGCAACCUCGACUUCGACAGCAUUGUUGAAAGCCUACAGUUGCAGUUUCCGGAUUUCCGGCCCACGCCAGCAGAGCAAGGGCAAGGGAGGACCGAGCAUGCGGACCCAGCAGACGAUCCGAGCUCAGAGACAUUGCACGACAUCCCAGAGGAGGAAGCCCAUGAAGAGUUCUUCGAACCACUCGAAGAGCAUGCUGGUGAAGAGGAGGACGAGCAAGAAGCUGAAGAUGGCGAGACAGAUGACCUUGACGGCUCCUUGCAAGAUCUUGCCAACGUCCUCACUGUGACGUCCAAGAAACUUCAGUCAACAGUUCUUGGACGGAAGUUCACUGGUCGCAAGACCAUAGAGGAGCGCAAGCGCACCAGUGCUUGCUCAGCCUGCGGUGCCAUGGGGCACUGGGCAGGUAGAGCGCAGACAGCCACAGAGCGCUGCUACAUGCCGGCCAGCUUUCAAUGGCUGGCUCACUGGAGAACCCUCAUUCUCCGGUUGUUGAUUCUGGAGCUCAAUGUGAUGAAGAGCAUGAGCCGGUUGGUGAAGCUGGGCAUCCGCCCACGGUCUUGGCUUACAAGUGCCGAGCGCCAGGAGUUGAAGGAGAUGCGUCUGAAAGCACUCAGCAAGCCAAAGCCGGCAAAGAAGAGCUGCACACAUCCAGAGAUCCGCCGCUACGGCAACACCCACGCCAGGUUCUCGAUGUGCCUCCGGCGCGAGGAAAAGUUCAAGUGGAACCCGGAGCACGACGCUUGGGUGGUGCUCCAGCUCCUCGGCGCUGCCGCCACCAUCAUCAGCCAAUAUCCUCUCACUCACGGAUUUGGCAGCCAAGACGGCGACCAAGAACAAGUCACAGCCCAGGAGCAGGCAGCCUCCCAAGAAGCCGUCCAACACUACCUCCAGCCAGAGUUCCAGGACUCAAGGCCCGCUUCACUAUAUGUCGGAGGAGAACUUCAGGGGCAGCGGACACACCAGGGACGAUUUCGAGGACAUGAUGAACUCAGUGAGCACCGAAGCAUUCCCUCCGGACUCGGACGAUCCAGACAGGUUCCGACAGCCGUCAGACGAAGAGUGGGAGUGGUGAACGAUGACAACAACCAAGAGCACCAGGACUACUGGGAGAAGAUUCGACUUCAGUGCAUCCGUCACCACAUCAUUCCAAGACUCCUUUUGCACGACCUCAGCCAAAGCAGUUGCCCAGUUCCAAAGCAUCUCAUGCACCCACAAUGCCAGGCACACAUCCACUAUGAGGAUGGGACAUUUGAAACCAUCACGAACGACUGGACCUCAGACACACCACAGCAGCUCCGACAACCCUGGACAGGUCGCACCAUAUACACUAUCCAGCACGUCCAGAACAGGCCACCAGGACCACUCACCAACGCAGCACGAAGAAGCUUGCGUACCCAGGUGAGACAAGCACACGAGGUCUACGAGACGGAGUAUGCCAUCAUGAGCCAGUCCAUGGAUGACAAACAUGUGCACGAGCACCUACAGAAGCAGAAGCACCAAGCAGCACGGGUUGACAUCUUGGAAACCUUUGCAGGCACCGCCAACAUUUCAAAGAGAUGUCACGAGUUCAACCUGACAGCGGCUGAACCCAUCGACUACAACACUGGAUGGGAUCUCCGUAAGCCUGCAGACCGUGACCAGGUGCCAGAACUACUUGAUGUACUACGACCCAUCGUGCUCAUUCAGGGCAUUGACUGUCGUGAUUGGUGCCUGCCCCAGGACAACUGCAACUACGUUCGCAGGAAGAUUCUGCUUCUCAUGAGAAGGGCCAAGGAGGGUCAGAUGAUCCGCAAAGCUCACCGCUUCAUGGGCAAUUGCGUCAAAGAAGAAGUACAAGCACGACACCCUGACCGGUGCCACCCCAAGCAGACCUUCCAGAUCCACAUGGUGACCGCCAUCUCCGACUGGGCCGAAGCCAUAGGUCUAGCCGAGAGCACCUUCCAGGUCACUAGGUACAAGAACUUCACCUUGCCGACUUCAGACCCGCUCUUCACCAAGGCAGCCCAGUUGACCCAAUGGGGUCACCUUGAGAGAGUCCAGAUCUCAUGGCAGCCAAUGGUGUGGAGGUUUCCUUCGCACAUACCACACACACAGAGAGCGGCAGCGUUGAAGUACACCGACGGCGAGAUAGAGGUUUUUGAAGAAGACCUCAAGCUCCUCAGACAUUCAAGAGCACGCUUCAAGGAGCCAGUACAACUGGCCAUUUUCAUGUUUGGCCAUGUGAAUGAACCAGACAUCACCUUUCCAGAGCACAUCAAGCUGCCCGCAGAGAUCAAGCUGGCAGUUCGACGACUGCACAAGAACAUGGGCGGUGGCAUUCCAGAUGAAGCGGCCUCCCAAUUCGCAGACAGAAUCCAGAUGGACAUCAUGUACGUCCGGGACAUCCGAGGCGUCAACCAUAUGAUCCUUGGCAUCAUCGAUGAAGACAGAUCCAGAUGGAUAAUUUUCAGAUCCACCUUUGAAGAAGCAAUGGAUGAAGCAGGAGUCUACAUCGACUACAUACCAGCAGAGGCCCUCCACAAGAUCGGCCUCAUUGAACGACACAACGCAACCUACCGGGAGAUCAUGGAGAGAGUGAUAGACUCCCAGGAUAUCUCCGGACCAGAACAGAUGGAGACCCCAACAGCCAUGGCAUCACAUGCCAAGAACAGCUGUACAUGGAGCACAGGACAAACAAGAUCCCACGCACAGCAGUUCGCAGACACCAUCCGUGCAGAGGCACAACAACACAUAGCAGCAAUGGCAGUGGACAGCAGCCUCCGGAGAGCACUACUCCGAAACAGACAACCACAGAUCUCCGACAUUCCGGAGAUAGGUGCCACAGUGGCAUACUGGCGCUGGACAGCACGGUCCGGCAAGAAGCGAGGAGGCUACAAGCUAGCUCGCCUUCUCGGACGUGAUCUUGACGGCAAAAGCAUGUGGUUGCAAGCAGGCACAAACACCAUCCGCGUGGCACCUCAUCAGCUGCACAUAGCCCAUGGUUUGGAAUGCUGGAACCCCGACUACCAGCAGAUCAAAGAGCUCAGAACAACACUGCAGACCACGCAUCUCAACGGCCCUCCAAAGAGAUGCAUCCAGCACCGCCGAGCACUCGCCCUUCCAAGUGGCGAAGUGCUUUGGGACGCACCCUUUUCGGAUGCCCAAGAUGGGCUCCCCAUUUCUCCAGUGCGCACCGACAUGGUGACAGAGCUCUGGUAUGAACCAGAGACACAAUGGCCACAUCAAAGCAACCUGGUGAUCACGCCAGACGGCAUUGCACAGCAACAAGACCACAGACGGCAUCAAAGAAAAGAAGGAACAUUUCGUUCACCUCUGUACCAGAUAGUUGGUCACAUCUACGGCUUGGCAAGUGCACCCAAGACAUGGACCAACCAUGUCACCAAGACACUCCUCAGUGCAGGCUUUCGCCAACACAGCCUGGACAAGAUGCUUUUUGUCCUUUACGCCAAGCUCACGAGUGCAGAGCAUGAAACGUUGGUUGCAGCAUUGAUUGCAUAUGUUGAUGAUUUUUUGUUGGUUCACAAUGAACGUUGGGACCGCAAUGCAUUGACAAGCUUGUUUGAGUGGGGCAGCAAAGAAGUGCCCGCCUUGGACAACAGCAUCGUCUUCAAGGGCAAAGAGCUGUCACUCCGCCAGCAUGGCAACCAGACCUACCUGGCGUUGACUCAAAAGGCCUUCAUAGAGGGCAUGAAGGUUGGCAGCGUGCAGUGCAAGAAGAGGCUCACGGAGAAUCCUCCCAGAGGACCUGCCACGUACCAGAACUUGCACGACGUGUACCUCGCAGUGGGGCACCGCCAUGUAACAAAGGAGCAAGGUGUUUGCAUUUGGCCGGUGGCCAUCAAUCUGCAGACCAUGGUGGCCAACUACAGCGACAGUUGGCCAGGAUCUGCAGAUCCACGUUGGGCGCUGAGGCUAGUGAUCACGUUUGCAAUGCUCCGACAGGAUCCCAAGACUCAUGUCUACAUGUGCGGCCUUAAGGGCAUGGAGAGCGGCUUUGCUGAGUGCUUUCAGGAGCGAGUGGAGGCCGAGGGCAUGGUUUAUGCUGAGUUCUUGAAGAAAAUGAAGAAGGACAAGCGUGGCCCGGCUAUGAUUUUUUUGGUCGAGGAGUUUGCCUUCCGCAUCAGAGAUGUGAGGCUACGGGAACAAUAG